GAACUUAGUGACUUAGCCCGUGAUCCUCCAGCACAGUAGGUCCUGUUGGAGAUGACAUGUUUCAUUGGCAAGCCACAAUUAUGGGACCUAAUGACAGUCCAUAUCAGGGUGGUGUAUUCUUCUUGACAAUUCACUUUCCUACAGACUACCCUUUCAAACCACCUAAGGUUGCAUUUACAACAAGAAUCUAUCAUCCAAAUAUUAACAGUAAUGGCAGCAUUUGUCUUGAUAUUCUAAGAUCACAGUGGUCUCCUGCUUUAACUAUUUCUAAAGUUCUCUUAUCCAUUUGUUCACUGUUAUGUGAUCCAAAUCCAGAUGACCCACUAGUGCCAGAGAUUGCACGUAUCUAUAAAACAGACAGAGACAAGUACAACAGAAUAUCUCGGGAAUGGACUCAGAAGUAUGCCAUGUGAUGCUACCUUAAAGUCAGAAUAACCUGCAUUAUAGCUGGAAUAAACUUUAAAUUACUGUUCCUUUUUUUGAUUUUUCUUAUCCGGCUGCUCCCCUAUCAGACCUCAUCUUUUUUAUUUUUUUUGUUUACCUCCUUCCAUUCAUGCACAUGCUCAUCUGAGAAGACUUUAGUUCUUCCAGCUUUGGACAAUAACUGCUUUUAGAAUCUGUAAAGUAGUUACACAAGAACAAUUGCCCAAGAUUCAGAAUUUUUUUUAAUGGAGCAUGUGUAUUAUGUGGCCAAUGUCUUCAUUCUAACUUGGUUAUGAGAUUAAAAACAAACAAACAUUCCUCACUGCUCUAACAGAUCCUGAAGAUGUCACCUGAAGGGGGGAGGGGAGAUGGAUGUUCAGUUUUCUCCCAUCAAAGAAGUAACAUUGCUGUAGCAACAUCCAUCUUGUUCCAAACCUUCCAGUGUUAGAGAACUGAGGUUUUAUUAUAUACUUUUGCUCAUAACUGGUGUGUCUGGAGAAUUGGUACUAUAGCAUCAGCAGAACAGAAAAUGUGAUGUAUCUUAUGCAUGUCAAUAAAGGAAUGACCAGUUCUUGUUUUACAGAGAAUGGAAAUUGGAAGUCAGACAUCCCUUGUAUUCCAAAAUAGGGUCUAAGAACAUUUUUGUAAUUCAUUUAAAUUUUGUUAGGAGGCUUGGAGCUAUUAGUUAAUCUGUCUUCCAAAACACUGUUUAAUAUAGCACUGAAUAAAUGAUGCAAGUUGUCAAUGGAUGAGUGAUCAACUAAUAGCUCUACUAGUAAUUGAUUUAUUUUCUUCAAUAAAGUUGCAUAAACCAAUGAGUUAGCUGCCUGGAUUAAUCAAUAUGGGAAACAAAAUCUUUUGUAAAAGCAAAGCUGGUUUUUGUAUAUACUGUUGGGAUUUGCCUCAUUGUUUAACAUCAAAUAAUGAUGUAAAGUUCAAUAGAGUGAAUCUUCUGCCAUUUUCAGUUACAAUGCUCAGUCUGAUGCAGGUUGACACAUUGUUCGGCCUGAUGUAUGCAGAAUUAAUAAGCUAACAUAGUAGUGUAGCCGUAGUAGUGUGCUACACGUGGUGCUGGGAGCCCAGCGUUCAAGGAUGGACUUGGGACCCAGCAGACCUGAAGUGGUGCAUUGUGGAGAUCCUUCUUGAUGCACCCGUGUUUGCUGACUGAGAACCUUUUUCGUCACCUUGUACACUUGACAGCUGAAAGAUCUUAAUGUGGGAGUAAUGACGAGGCAAAAAUAUAAAAUAAAGUACUGUUUUGAUGUGGGAAUUGUCAUGAGGCUGUGUUGAAGUGACUUUACUAUGUGGGAUGUUCGUUACCAUUGAAAAGGACAUGUUCAGCCAUGCUGCCAUUUACAUUGACUAUUUUAAUGCAACAGACACUUUCCUCAUGUCAGGUGACUAAACGUGAAUAAAGACUCAUUGCUAUUGGAUUUUUGUUCUACAA